AUGGCUACGAAUAUGGUCUCGCGGGCCUCUUUCAUUCAAUCCAAACCCUCCCUCUCCUUCAAAACCGUGCACAACCAUCAUCUCCCUCAGCCCUCUGUGCCAACAAAUGUGGCUUUUAUGGCCACCAAGGGAAAUGGGUUGGCCAUCAGAUGUUCGGUGGCGGUCCCUAAAGCCGCUUCAAGUUUUGGGGAUUCCAGGAGGAAGGGGACCAAAAGCCCUGUGGUUGUCAUUGACAAUUAUGACAGUUUCACUUAUAAUCUCUGCCAGUACAUGGGAGAGCUGGGAUGCGAAUUCGAGGUUUACCGGAAUGAUGAGUUAACUGUGGAAGAGUUGAAAAGGAAAAAUCCUAGAGGAGUGCUGAUAUCCCCAGGACCAGGAGCCCCCAAGGAUUCUGGAAUAUCUUUGCAGACAGUUUUGGAGCUUGGGCCAAUCGUACCCUUGUUUGGUGUGUGUAUGGGUUUACAGUGCAUUGGCGAGGCAUUUGGUGGGAAGAUUGUGCGUUCUCCUCUCGGGGUUAUGCAUGGGAAAAGUUCACUGGUGUACUAUGACGAAAAAGGCAAAGGCUUGUUUACUGGGUUGCCAAACCCAUUCAAAGCAGGUAGAUAUCACAGCCUAGUUAUUGACAGGGAUAUGUUCCCGAUUGAUGAACUUGAGAUCACAGCGUGGACCAAGGAUGGUUUGAUCAUGGCUGCCCGUCACAAAAAGCACAAGUAUCUGCAGGGUGUGCAGUUUCAUCCGGAGAGCAUCAUAACCUCAGAAGGGAAGAUCAUCGUUCGGAAUUUUCUCAAGAUGAUAGAGGAGAACGAGGAGGUGAGUCAACGAACUAGUGUUGCAUUGCGAUAG